UUCAGCGCCUCCUGCCUCACGCAACGGCCGAGCAUCGGAGGUCCGACCCCAGCGUCCCCCCUCCGCUCCCUGUCCGCUAUACGGGCUGCGCCGAUCCCGCCCGGCCCGAUCCUGGGCCCAGGGCCAGGCCAGGCCAGGAUCGGUGCGGGUGCAUGGUCAGCGUUCCCUUGCUGCCCGCCCCCAGACACUUCCGGAGCUCCGCGCGGAUCUCUGAGAAUUGUGCCGGGCGUCUCUCCUUGGCGUCCGAAGCGCGACGGGGGCGGCGCCGGAGGCGCCGCCAGCGGACCCCAGCGACGAAUCAAGAAACCCGCGCGGACCGUCAAACGUUAAUGUUUAUGCAGGUUGUUCUUUCUCCACUGCGCCCCCCCUCCUCCCCCUUCCUCGAUCGCCCCGUCCUCGCAGCGGCAGCGGCCUGGCCGCCUGGCCGCGCGUCCUCCCUCGCCGCCGUAUCACACUGGCCAGCGGCGGCCAUUCGGGCGCUCUCUUGGGGGCGCGGAGUGCCUGGACAACGAGCCAGUGCACCCGCGCUCAUUUCCACAUACUGCCAGCUUGUCCCCCUCCUCGUCAGGAGCAUCGGUAUCCACCCUUCUCGUUGCCACUCAUCUCGGAGAAGAGUCAUAAACAAAAGCUGCAUGCGCAUAAAUUCGGAGGUCCGCGCGGGUUUCUUGGCUCGGCCUUGGGCUCCACUGGCGGCUGGCGCCUCUGGCGCCACCCCUGGUGCGCUCCGCGCGAAAUCCACGCGGACCUCCGCAAGUUUGCGCCUAUGCCGAGCUGCUCUUCUUUUGUCCUCGCUCGUCCGUCCUGCACAGCGGCGGCGGGGGUGGAAGGCCCCGCGCGCGCGCGCUGGCUCGCGAAGUAUAACCCGGGCUCCUGUCCGAGCGCCGGGGGUAAGUGGAACGUCUGGCUUGGGUACGUACUGGGUCAAUGAGCCAGUGCAUCCGCGCUCGCUUCGAGGUGCAGAGUUGGUGAGGCGGCCCAUCUUGGCCUGCUAA